AAUGCAAUUUCCAUUUGGAAAAUUAAUAAACGCUAAAAAAUACAAGACCUAAGAUUUACCAAUCACGAAAAUAAGAAAAAAAAAGUAUUUUAACAUAACAUAUUUUACUCAUUAUGACAGCCGUUUGGCAGGUUAUAUAUGUCACCAGACGUUUCGCAGUUUUGCAGAAAGGAGGAGAUUGGCGCUGUUGCUAACCACCUGAAAUACAUAAUCUACCAAAGGGCUGUCACAAUCAGUAAAGCAGUAUCAAUAUGUUAAAUAUUUAAUAAAAUAUUUUUUUCUUAUUUUCGUGAUUGGUAAAUCUUAGGUCGUGUAUUUUUUAGCGUUUAUUAAUUUUCCAAAUGGAAAUUGCAUUUUUGAUUGUAAUUUCUGAGAAAGUACUGUUACAGUUUUUGUGAAAAAAGUGCUCAUAUUUAAUUUAUUGAUAUGAAAUUUUUUUUAUUAUUUCAACUCAAAAAAAGUUUUAGCUGGUGUAUAUCUUGCCAAUAAUCAAUUAUCCAUAAAGGAAAAAGCAUUUUACCUUCUUGUUUUCAAGAAGAGGCUGUUGAAAAUUUUCCAAAAUUUUAGUUUCAAUGUAGAUGGCGCUGCCUCACUUGGACCUGGCCUUAAUUAAAAUUGUUGCGUACGAUUUUGUGAAUUUUCGUUUAAAUUUCGAAAGUCGUGGGAUGCGCAAUUAUUACAUCAGUUGGAUUCCAAAUAAUAAAGUUGAAGAUAGCUUUUUUAAAUAAUACUUUAUUAUUAAAAACUAGAUUCCCGGAAUACAAUUUACUUCGGUUGUAUUCUCUUGUUCUGAAUACUACAUGCUGUUUCUAAGUUUAUAUAGUCUUUUUGAUAAGGUAUAACAAUAUAAUUCCUUGAUUUAAAAGUAUUUUAAUCAUAUAUAGAAAUUACACAAUGAGUGUAAUGAAGAUCUAGAUUAAGUACAUAGUAUGUAUCAAAAGAUCGAAAGAAUUGAAAUACGUAAUUGAUUAAAUAAACCUUAUUUGGUAAUUUAGAGAACAUAUGUGAUUUGACAUAGUUUUAAUCGGUUUUAAUAAAUCGUAGAAAAGAUGGAAACAUAACAUUCGUUAUAUGUAAAAAAUGUCUUCUCUUUAAUCCAUUCUACACCUGGUAUAUUUUGAUCCCUAUUUUUAAUUUCCCUAUAAAUUUUCAUUAUUUCAAUGCAUUUAUCCUUUGCGAGAAGUACCAUAUUGUCAGGAUUUUUUAUACUAAGCACUGCUUGUUAAAAUUUUAUUUUUAAUAUGUCUCAACAAUUUUCUUUUAUUAUUGAUAAUAACUAUAUGGAGCAGGGGUGACUUUCUUCUUUCUAAAAAAACAUUUCUUGCAUACGAUUGCAAAGUUGUUCCAAAGGUUUAUUACCUGUACGCAAAGUUCUUUUCAUUUUACCUAUAACAAAUUAUAAAAAGGCAUAACUAUUAAUUAAACUUAAAUGACAAUUCAUGUUUCAUACAUCAUCUGCAAUGUGAAGAAGUUUAUGCAAAUUAAUUGAACUAGAAGAUUUUCCAUAAAAUUUUAUCAUAAGUAAAACAAAUCUAUUUAAAUCAUAUCUUAGCUUUGUCAUUAUAUUUUACAGCCAAUUUUAUAGAACACAAAAUUCUCCAACUGGUAAAAAGUAACAAAAAAUGAUUGUAAAAUUGAGUCAACAUUUUUUUAAUACUACAAUACCGGUUCAUUUUCGUGACAUUAGCAUUCCUGGUGUUAUUGAUCAGCUUCAUUUCAGCAAUAUUUUCCAAGUUGAAGUUUUUUUCAUUGAACAUUUGUGUGUAAUUGAAAUUCAAACACCUCAUAAUACCUCAUAAUACUUGAAUUGUUAAAUUUCUUGUCCAAAGGUCGUUUUCUUCUGAGUUUUUCUACGGCUUAAUAUCUUGGUUGACAAGCCUUAUGUAAUUUUACAAAGGUAUCCGUAGAGAACCUUUGGAGUAAAUUCUCCUUUUUUUUAUUGACAAAAUAUAUAAAUAUAUAUUUUUUAUACCAAAUGGUCCGCAAUCAGUAAUAGCACAAAUUGACAAUAUUAAUUAGUUGUCGUUUGUUGCUGUCCUGUCAGGAUCGCCAAAAUUUUUAUGUCACGGAUAAAAUGAAGAAUAAAUAAUAAGUUACAAAUUUAAGUAUACUUUUAUUUGACUUUAAACUUCAUAAUUUUUAGUAUAAUUGUUCUUAAUUCUGAGGUCGGAGAAUAUCUGAAUCUUUGAUGAUAAAGGGCACAUUAUAUAAGGUUAAGGUUUCAACAUACAAGCAGAUAUGUUACAAUUGUCAAUUUCAUUUUCGCUGAUUGGAACAUAAAAUAUGUUUUGAUGUUGUUUAUUAAAAUAAACUGUUUUCUAGGUACAGGUAUAAUAAAUUGUUCGCCAUGUUUUUUCGGUAUUGAAAUUAGAUGUUGAAUUCGAUAUUCAUCGUAUUCUAAUAAUGGGAUUUUAAUUGAGUAAAUUAAAUUUUGGCUAUCAAUAACAAUAAUUAUUUCGGAUAUAUCGAUGAUAUGUUGGAACAUAUGUUUAUUUAAAGGAAUGCCAAAUUUUGUGUUAUAUUUAUUUUCAAAAUCUGUAUCUAUUAAUAAGAAUGGUGUUAAUAUUUGAGGGUGUACUAUACCAUGCUUUCCAUCAUUAAUUGAAUCUAUUAACAAACUUACGUUUUGACUUAAUUCGUCUACAAUCAUUGCAAUGAUAGAAAUUUGAUUGGAUAUAAGAUUAUAUUUUUGGUUUUAUCAUUUACUCCUAUUGUUAGACGGUUAAAUUUCUCUAUGUUUUCGUUACUUUGCUUUAAUAAUAAUUCAGGACUAUAUGAUGAGUCUAAAAUGCUUUUCAUUACUUUUGUUUGAUUUUUUAUAGAGCUUGCAAGAAUUGCGUUAUUUUCGUACAAUUUGUCAAGUUCUGAAUUUACAUAACUUAAAUCGCUUUCUUUUAAUGUUCAACGAAUCGAAAAAAGACUGACAGUUAUGAAUAAUUUACAAAUUUAUCUAAUUUUGAAUAUUAUUUUAUUUAUUUUCUUACUUUUAUUGCCUUCGGUUGAGGGAUUUGUGAAGAGUGGCCGUAGACACUGUUGCUUGACACCUCGAUGAAGUAGCUGACGUAUUUGCUGCUUUUUUUUGCUUUAUUUCUUGUCCAAAGGUCGUUUUCUUCUGAGUUUUUCUAAGGCUUAAUAUCUUGGUUGACAAGCCUUAUGUAAUUUUACAAAGGUAUCCGUAGAGAACCUUUGGAGUAAAUUCUCCUUUUUUUUAUUGACAAAAUAUAUAAAUAUAUAUUUUUUAUACCAAAUGGUCCGCAAUCAGUGAUAUCACAGUUUGACAAUAUUAAUUAGUUGUCGUUUGUUGCUAUUCUGUCAGGAUCGCCAAAAUUUUUAUGUCACGGAUAAAAUGAAGAAUAAAUAAUAAGUUAAAAAUUUAAGUAUACUUUUAUUUGACUUAAAACUUCACAAUUUUUAGUAUGUUCUUAGUUCUGAGGUCGGAGAAUAUCUGAAUCUUUGAUGAUAAAGGGCACAUUAUAUAUGGUUAAGGUUUCAACAUUAUUAUCAUAUCAAUAUGGGUUAGAUUGAUAGGUUCACAUUAUUUAGACAAUACAUUGCACCUGUGGCUUAUGAAAUUACAUGUUUUUCAUAGAAAUAUAAUAGAGAAAAAAUUUAAAUAAAAAGAAAAGAAAAAGUAACAUCAAAUACUAGAAUAUUACAAAACGUAUGUAUGUUCAAAGAUAAGCUGUGUUUCGUAUUUUCUAUGUCUUAUGCAUAUGGUUGGGAAAGUGUCAGGUGUAUAAACAAUAUUUUCAGAAAAUUGUGUGUUUCCUUGAUUCUAACAUAUAAUUUAUUUAAAUUUCACUGAGUUAAGAACCUGCGUAGAAUGUACAUUCAGUAAAUAUCAAUAAUUGAAUAUCUAUUCCUGACUUCUGCUUUUCUUGCAAUAUACACACACUUCAUUUCAUCAUGGACAUUCUACCUCAAAAUUUUAGAAUCUUAUGGUUUUGUGGCCUAUGGAGUGAAAAUGAUAAAUUUUCUCCAAUUUUUUUCAUUCAUAAACUAUUUGUUUUAUUUCUAAUUUCACACGUUUCACUGGGUCAAGUUUUAUAUGUUUUAAUAACAAGUAAAAAUAUUAAAGAAUUAACAAAUGGUUUAGUAUUUACUGUCACAUUUGUCACACUUUGUAUAAAAUUAAUAAAUUUUUUGUGCAAUGCAAAAAAUAUGAAACAACUUUUAAAUAUUUUUCGUGAUAAUAUUUGUCAGCCAAUAUUUUGGGAGGAGGAAAAAAUUUUAAAUAAUUAUAGAAUAAAAAAUUUACGAUUAUUUUUUGCAUUAAUGAUUAUAUCACAAAGUGUAAGUUUAACAUACAUAAGUCAACCAAUUUUUAAAUCAAGAGAAAUAAUACAACUACCACUUCAAAUUUAUGAUCCUUUUCAUACUACUGAUGUUAUGAUAUUAAAAUUUUUUUAUGCAAUGCAAAUUUUUGAAUGUACAUAUUCAGUUUGUUUACAUAUGUGUUUUGAUACAAUGUUAUUUGGUUUUGUAAAUUUAAUAUGUGCUUUGUUCGAUAUACUUUGUUUUCGACUAGAGAUGAUGAGUAGAAAAGAAAAUUUGUCUGAAUUGUCAUUUAAGCAUUGCUUUAAAUUGCAUAUUGUUAUAUUAAAAAUUUUAAAAUAUAUGAAUUCUGUCUUUAUGGGAGCAAUUUCAAUUAUGUUUGUUCUUAUUCUUUUUGUCAUCUGUAGUGGUAUUUUUCAAAUUACUGAGAAAUCCUCAAAAUUUAAUGCAGAUAAAAUAAUAUUAUUAUAUUUUAUCUCAUAUAUUAUUGGACAAGCAUAUGUUUACUGUUGGUAUGGAACAGAACUUGAAGAGAAGGCAAUACAUCUUUUCUUUUUAAAUAAAUAAUAAUAAAUAAAUUUAAAUAAAUUCUACAUAUCUUUUCAAAUUUAAUAGGUUAAAAAAUUGGCUUUAACUGCUUAUGAAGUUGAUUGGUCCUGUGCAUCUGCUACAGAUAUUAAAAAUUUGUCAUUUAUGAUUUUAAUUGCUCAAAAAGGAUCAACUAUUUCCUAUAAAGGAAUCUGUACAUUAAGUCAUGAAACCUUUGGCUUGGUUAGCAAGUAUACAUAUAUAUAAAAUAGUUAAAUUUUUUAAAAUAAGAAAAUAAUAUUUCUUUACUUUAUUUCUGUAGAUAAUAAAGUCAUCUUAUGCUGCAUUGAAUGUACUAAAAAGUUAUUCUGAAAUUUAAAAAAUGAAACUUUAUGAAACUAAAAAUUAUUUAAUAUAAUAAUAUUUGAAUUACUUUAAAUCACUUUAAAACCUUGUGACUAAUUGCGCCGUUCGAAACUUGAUUCGACCAACCGAAAAAAAUUAAAAAAAAGAUUAUUAUAUAUUGCACUGUGAAAAAUUAUUUUAAAAUCGAAAAUUCAUAUAAAAUAAUAAUAAAUACUAAUAAUUUAAAUAUAAUAUAUAAAAUGGGCACCGUGUAUAACUUACCCUUAAUUUUCAUUUUGCCAUAAAAUUGACAACGUCGCAUUUUCCAUUUCAUGGUUUUUAACAAAGUAGAAAACAUAUGGAAUCAUGAAACCCUUAUGAAAAACGUAAGAUUUUGUAUUUAUAUAAAUUUAUUUAAACUUCUAAUAUUUCUAUAUUCAAUCAUCCAUUUCUUUAUCAACUACGUGGAUUGUCAAAAAAAAAAAAUUCAAAAAAUGUUUCAAAUCGAUUCUUUGAAAUUGAAUGAAACUAAAACAAAUCUUCUACAGCUCCAUCAUUAUGAGGAGGUAAGAAAAUUACAAUCUGAUGUACAUGAGUGGUUUCUUCACUAAAUCGAUUUUGAAAGUAUAGCUCAAACAUUGUCCAAGCGAAUUCAAUCUAAAAUUAUAUAUCUUUUGUAUUAUCAAUCGAUUUAUAUAGAAAACUUUCAAGUAAACAAUAUAUUAAAAAAAUAUAAUCAAUUCUUAAAUACUUGAAAAGAUUAAACAUUCCUAAAUUUUACUACUUUUUUAUUUUUUUAUCAUGGUACAAAAAUUUUUUAAAAUAUUUUAUGCAAUAGUAUUGUAAGAAAGGGAAACAACAAUAUCUUAAAGACAAUUGACUGUUAUGUAUUUCCUUGAUUCUAACAUGUAAUUGAUUUAAUUUUGUGGUAUAUAUAAACCCCGUCUUCAGAAUGUAACUUCAAUACAUGUAAAUAAUUAAAUAGCUCCUUCCGUUGUGUACAUAUUCC